GGGGAGAGGGGGGUGGGAUGGAGGGGAGGAGGGGGGCUGCUUGUAUAGGAAAACGCCGGGACGUGGCGUGUCACGCUACAAGCUUUCAUAUCAUGACGGUGACGAGCCGGUCCUCACAUGAUUAGAUGCUCCUCCGCAAAAAAGAGAAAAAAAGAAAACACCAUAGAGGAAGGAGGGAUCCAUUCCCAGGGAGGCAGCGGAGAAGCACCGAGGACUCCGCCUUUACCGCCCCAACGACCAAGCACCAGCCCGGGGUGGAGAAGAGAAACGCCGGAGGUCUGACUGAGAGAUCCGAAACGCGGACGUGAGGGGAGGACAAUAAAAAAAAAAAAGAAAAGAAAAAACGGAGAUGGGCUCGCUUUGAAGGAGUAGAGGCGGGGAGGUGGGGGAAACACCCAGAGGGAGCACAACACAAAAGCACAACUGGAGGUGCCUGCAACCAUGAGUGGUUGCUUGCCUAAGCCGCGGCUGCCGCUGCUGCUCCGCCCGCGGAACAUGUCGUGAGGUGCGCCUCGGGGAACCUGUCAGCCGAAACGACACGCCGAGGAGAACCAGGAGGAGGUGGUGGUGGUGGUGUUGGUGGAGGUGGGGCGGCGGUGGUCGAAAAGAUGUCCGCCUCGGUGGGGCCCCAGGGCGGCUCUUGCCCACCCACCGUGCCGCCGUCCAUGCCGGAUCUGCCGGACCUCAGCCACCUCACCGAGGAGGAGCGGAAGAUCAUCAUGGCAGUGAUGGCUCGACAGAAGGAGGAGGAGGAGAAAGAACAAGCCAUGCUAAAGACACUGCACCAGCAGUUUGAGAGCUACAAACAGGAAGUGCGCCGCAUCGGGGUCGAGACGAGACGCCAGCCGACGCAGCAGAAGGACGACGCUCCCACCUGCGGCAUCUGCCGCAAGACCAAGUUCGCUGACGGCUGUGGCCACCUCUGCUCGUACUGCCAGACCAAAUUCUGCGCUCGCUGUGGGGGGCGGGUCUCUUUGCGCUCCAACAAUGAGGACAAAGUGUGUCUCAUAGUGAAGGACAGGGUAAUGUGGGUUUGCAACCUGUGCCGUAAGCAACAGGAGAUUCUCACCAAAUCAGGAGAAUGGUUUUCGGGGUCAGGAGUGCGGCCCGGGAGUCGGGGCACCUCCUUGGACGACCCGGGCAAAGGAGGUGAGGGUCAGCGCGACAGGAAGCUCCUCCGCUCCAGAUCCCAAGCUCCGCCCCCGAGUACAAACGCAGGGCUGCUGGACGGGACGCAACCGCCAGCCGGAGUCCUCACAGCCAAGGCUGGUGACACCAUGCCUGGCUCUCGCUCCCAAAGUGAACCACCGAAAGAAAAAAAAAGGCCAGUAUCCCUCCAUGAACAGAAUGGGAGGGGAGGGACGGGACGGGGCGGCGGUCGCAGACCACCCGGCAAACUUCAGUCUCAGUCAUCUCUGGAUGAGCGUGUGAGCACGGGAGACAGAGGAGAGCGGCGGUUCGGAGAAGGACGGCGGCUGGAGAAGAUCCAUUCUCAAGACUAUGAGGACGGAGGGGAGAACUUGAGGCAUUCUGGGAUGCACCGCCGACAUCCAGAGGAUGAGGAACAGAGGGAGAGACAGCGCCGUGAAGAGGAGUUCCAAAACCGUUAUCGGAGUGAUCCCAACCUGGCGAGAUAUCCGGUAAAACCGCAAAAAGAGGAGCAGGAGAUGCGAAUGCACGCUAAGGUGUCCAAGGUACGACACGAACGUCGGCACAGUGAUCUCGCUAUCAACGAGGUUGGGUUGGGGCCAGGUGAAGGGGGAGGUGGGGGAGGUCACGGACCUCCAAACCGUUUAGCCAGGAGGAGUGGAGGUGGCGAAGGAGACCGUAAGGGCCUUCUUGAGAACCACCGAGCCUUCCCUGGCGACAGGACCGUGGGGACAGGAGGCACACCGCCACCUGCAGGAGGUGGAGGAAAAUCAGGGCCCCAGUCUGGAGGGCCGGUGCCCAAUGAUCAGGGCUCACACAACUCCCGCCCGGACACUGGCACAACACGGGACAAAGGUGGGGAUCACCUGCUGAGGAAAGACUCUCAGAGCUCGGACCAGUCCGAUUCUUUGCGGCCGCCCCCUCCACAGUCAUACAAAGGGAAGCGCGGAAUCAACAAGAGGCAGAUGUCCAUCAGCAGCUCAGAGGAGGAGGGCGGUUCCACGCCUGAGUACACCAGUUGUGAGGACGUGGACAUGGAAAGCGUCAGCGAGAAAGGUGAUUUGGAUUGUCACCCUUUAGAUCCUACAGUGUGGCACCAUCCAGUUACGUGGCAGCCGUCCAAAGAGGGCGACCACCUGAUUGGGCGCAUCACGUUAAGCAAGAGGUCGGCCAUGCCCCGCGAGGCUGGCUCCCUGCUGGGCCUAAAAGUUGUUGGAGGAAAGAUUACAGAGUCUGGGAGACUUGGGGCCUUCAUCACCAAAGUCAAAAAGGGCAGCCUGGCAGAUGUUGUGGGACAUCUACGUGCAGGGGACGAGGUCUUGCAGUGGAAUGGGAAAUCCUUGCCAGGAGCAACAAAGAAAGAGGUGUACAACAUCAUUCUUGAAUCCAAAGCCGAACCUCAAGUGGAGAUCGUAGUUUCCAGGCCAAUAGGCUCCAUCACUCGAAUUGUGUCCAAAAACCUUUUGAGAAAAGUCUAUAGAGCCUAUCAAGACAUCCCGAGAAUCCCAGGAUCCCCUCACCCUCCUCUAGAAUCCACCGGCUCGAGUUCCUUUGAGUCACAGAAGAUGGAUCGUCCCUCCAUAUCAGUGAUGUCCCCGACCAGCCCUGGCACGCUUCGAGACCUUCCCCUGGUUUUGCCUGGGCAGCUCUCUGUGAAGCUAUGGUACGAUAAAGUGGGUCACCAGUUGAUUGUCAACGUCCUUCAAGCCAUAGACCUGCCACCUCGACCAGACGGCCGACCUCGAAACCCUUAUGUCAAGAUGUAUUUCCUGCCUGAUAGGAGUGACAAGAGUAAACGACGGACAAAAACAGUGAAGAAGAGCUCUGAGCCAAAGUGGAACCAGACUUUCAUAUAUUCCCAUGUUCACCGGCGGGACUUCAGAGAGCGCAUGCUGGAGAUCACCGUCUGGGAUCAACCCCGAGUGCAGGAGGAAGAGAGCGAAUUUCUGGGCGAGAUCCUGAUAGAGCUUGAGACGGCCUUGCUGGACGAUACCUCUCACUGGUAUAAACUUCAGACUCAUGACGUGUCCUCUAUACCACUGCCUCAGCCCUCUCCAUACCUUCCACGCCGACACGUCCACGGAGACAGUCCCAGCAAGAAGCUGCAGAGGUCCCAUCGCAUCAUUGAUACAGAGUUUGAUGAUGGUUUGAUAGGUGGGACUAAAGGUGGAGAGCGUAACUCCCGUGAGAGAGGUCGAGGCAGUACGUUGGCCGUGCCAGAGCAGCAGCGCCCCAUCCAGCACCGCUCCCGCUCAGUGUCUCCUCACAGGGAGGACACCUGCAAGGCUCGGUCUAGGCCUCCACACGUUCCCAUGCAAAGGAGUUUGGAUGAGAUCCACCAUAACCGCCACCACUCUCGUUCCCCGUCGCACUACCACGAGUCCUCCCUGGAGCACCAGCGCUCCGGCGACUCAGACUUUGAGUAUUCAGAGGACAGUGAGGUCCUGGAGGUGCACAGAUCAAUUCGAGGCGGGAGUGCCGAGUGCCUACACACCAACAGGAGCAUAGGUAGAUACAGCAACACGCUCCCCCCCAAAAUGCCCCUUUUAGUAAAUGGUAUCCAUAAAGACAUUUACAGCUCCACCCUCCCUGCAUGCCUAAAGAGUAAGCCAUAUACCAGACAGGAGGCGGGCGGCACCUUGCCCCGUAGCAUCCUCACACACCGUGUGCUCAGGUUCACAGACGAGGUCACGGUUAGUGACCUGCAGCCGUCCCUGGACAGAGUGAGGAGUGCCAGCACCACUUGUCUGAGACCAGACACCAACUUUCACUCCUGUGACAGAGACAGGUGCUCCAAUUCCUUGCCCCACAGGACUCCCCCAGGCCCCAGGAUCUUAGUAGAACAUGUGGCCCCAGAGGAAGACAGGGAGAGUAUUAAUUCAUCCAGUCUAAACUGUCCGUGGGACAGCAGAAAAAGUCUAGAAGGUGACAGUCGAAUUCAGCCCACCUCUAUCCUGAGGGGCAGUAGAGGGAGAGGGGGCCCCCUGAGGCCCUUUGUACAGACUGUGCUGUCAGGUUCCUGUCCUAACUCGCCGCGACUGGACAGAGCACACCCACACGGCAGCCCUUCUCCAACGAUGAUAUCCAGUCGAAGGGGUCGGCAACUUCCACAGCUUCCUGCGAAGACCAGCAGCAUAGAGCAUGCUCUAGCGGUGGAUGAGCGAGCCCGACAGCUGCCAGUGAAAGUACAUUCCUACCGGCCUUCAGCCUCCCAAGACUCUCAACCAGACCUCCAGACCAAGCGGGAGAUGUACGCAGAGCAAAGGCGCAGCAGCGACAACAUGUCGGCCAGAUCAUCUGACAGCGACAUGAGCGAUGUGUCGGCUCUCUCCCGUGCCAGCAGUGCCUCUCGCCUCAGUAGCACCAGUUAUAUGUCUAUACAAUCAGAGCGGCCCGGAGGACGGCUAAGAUCCAAGUCUUUAGAGGAGGACAAAAAGGACAGGAGGAUCUCGUGGGAGGUGAACGGUGAGGGGGAGAAAAAGAGGGAUGCAGGAAAGAGACGCUUCUCUCAGGAGUUGAAGCGCAGGAGACACACUGUAGCAGGAGACACGACGGAGUCCAGUCGGCAGAUGCGCUCUUCGAUGGGCCGCAACAUGAUGAAGAGCUCCAGCGUGAGCGGCGAGAUCUACACGCAGGAGCGCACUGAUGGCAGCCAAUCAGACACAGCGCUGGGCACUGUGAGCGGUGGCGGCAAGAAGAGACGCUCCAGCAUCAGCGCUCGCGUCGUAGCCAUCGUCGGCAAACAUCGCAGCCGCAGCACCUCACAGAUAAGCGGCCCCGAAGGUAAAACUAAAAGGGAAAAAGGCGCCCCGAUCCAGAGGAGCACAGAGACGGGCAUGGCCGUGGAGCUCUCCAGGAACAUGAGUCGGCAGCCCAGCAGGGAGUCUAACAACGGCAGCAUGAACAGCUGCAACUCUGAGGGAAAUUUGAUCUUCUCUGGGGUGAAUCUGGGUGCCAGCAGCCAGUUCAGUGAUUUCCUGGAUGGACUUGGACCUGCGCAGCUGGUGGGAAGGCAAACACUGGCUACUCCUGCCAUAGGCGACAUUCAGAUUGGAAUGAUAGAGAAAAAAGGGCAGCUGGAGGUGGAGGUCAUCAGAGCCCGAGGACUCGUGCAAAAGCCGGGAUCCAAAUCUCUACCCGCUCCAUAUGUCAAAGUCUACCUACUGAAUAAUGGAGCAUAUGUAGCCAAAAAGAAAACCAAGAUUGCACGGAAAACACUUGACCCGCUGUACCAGCAAGCGCUGCUGUUUGAGGAGAGCCCGCAGGGGAAAGUCUUACAGGUCAUCGUCUGGGGAGACUAUGGCCGAAUGGACCAUAAAAGCUUCAUGGGAGUUGCACAGAUCCUGCUGGAUGAGCUAGACUUAUCAAACACAGUCAUUGGUUGGUACAAGCUGUUUCCCCCAUCCUCCUUGGUCGAUCCCACGCUGGCAUCCCUUACACGGAGAGCUUCCCAAUCAUCUCUUGACAGCUCCCCGGGACCGCCUGGGGUUCGAUCCUAGUGGACCAACAGCUCUACGCCGUCCCCCCCCUCGAGGGAAAGGAAACAAUAACUUGAAAAUGAAAUGAACGAGAGGCACAUACAAUAAAAGGCAGCGACGCAGAACAACAACAACAACAAUCAGAAAUGGUUACAACAAGAAAGCUUUGUUGAAAUCUGACAAUCACUCCUCCGGCAGUUCUUUUUGUCUGUUGUAGGGAGCGUCAUAUUUCGGUGUUUCGUUUCCAUUCAAAGUAAAGUCUCAUAGUUUAUCUCUUGUUCUCCAGUCGGAAUAUGACAGCUAUGAGUGUCAGUAAAUCAAAAAGAAACAGGGUGGUUUUUAACUGAAUCAACCUAGCAAAGAAAUGUAUGUACGCAUUGGAAUGUAUGGCCUCAAGAAAGAGGUAAAAUCCCUUCGUUGACUGCAGGGGGCGCACUCCUUUCUGCAGUGGCCUCCUCCAGAAGCCCAUCGGACUGCCGGUAUUCCUGCCCCUAGUCAGGGUGCCGCCCUGCCCUCCCCCGCAUGGGUGUUCAGUCUGGAAGCACAGGGCCUUCUUCUGGUGCCUAGAUCACUGGUCCCUCUCUUUGUCAAAAUAGUCUCUUUUCAACAUGUUUACCAUGGCUACUCUGAGGCCGUAGUCUUUUAAGAGUGAAUUCUGUGGUGUUCCUUUUUUUUUUUCCUUUUGUUACUACAGGCACAACAUGUUUUUUACAGUGUGCUAAAUGCUCAUGCCGUGUGGUCAGUCUGACAAGAGAUUAAGAAAGGUCAGAAGUUUUAGUCUGCAACUCCUCUGGAGGGAGAUUGGUCAUAAUAACGGAUGUUCUCACCAUUUUGGCGCUGCUCUUUCACUAAGUUCACCUGAAAAUGUCCUGCAAGGAACAGCGGAGAUCUUGCUGCGCACAGUGAGCCUCGUUUAUCAAAUACUGGGGUAGAUUGGAGCACGGAAAUGAUUGAAGGAGAAGUUCGGUGUGUGAUUUUUGCAAAACUCCAGAAUACUUGACAAUCCCAUCAGACGCUGAUAGUUCUGGUAGCUGGGGACCAUCAUCAUUCACAUACCACACUCUUAUUUAUUUAAAAUUCCAGUAGUCUAACCCACAGGAUGCGAUCAAGAUUAAAGAAAAAUGCUCAAAUUGUCUCAGAUUUUAAAGUUACAGCCUCACAACAGAGGAUUAUUGUCAAGCUAAAAGAUACAAAACAAUCAUAACUACUGUUCCCUACAGAAAUUAGUCUCUGCAAAUGUUGUUUUAUCUAUUGUUGUUUUGCAAUCGUGCUUUUCAAGCCUAAUUUUGAACAGUCACCUAUUAGAUGUGCUGAAUGUGGUCAAAUCUGUCUAACAGGCCUUUGGCCCUUAUCAGUUCAUCACACUGCAUUAAACAUAACAAUCCAGUGCAAUGUUGUAUGGCACUGCACAGGUUAAAAUAUUUACUUUUUUAUUCAUUUAACUCUUUAUUAGUGCCCCCCCCCCCC